AUGUCAAACACAGACUCAAAUAUGCAAACCAAUCCCACCACCAACCCUCAUCACCCGGCCAGUCCUUAUUUCAUCCAACCAGGCGAAGGAGCUUCCUCUCCUCUUGUUCCCGAUCUCCUCAACACUGAAAACUAUGUUACUUGGGCCAGAACCAUGCGGCGAGCUCUAAACAUCAAAAACAAACUUGGAUUCAUCGACGGCACAAUUGUCAAGCCUACAAGCAACUCUGAUCCCCUCUAUGCCCCAUGGGAACGAUACACAGCUACACACGUUUGGAAUGACCUCCGUGAGAGGUUCUCCAUCCAAAAUGCUCCACGCAUCUUCCAACUAUCCAAAUCCAUCUCUUCUCUCACACAGGAGGAUGAUUUUGUAAGCCAGUAUUACAACAAACUCAAGUGUUUUUGGGAUGAAUUGGAAAUCUAUGAGCCCAUGCCAAUAUGUACGUGCGGUUCUGUGAAGACGCUACUGGAAUACACACACAAGAACAAAGUCAUGCAGUUUCUCAUGGGUCUCAACGACUCAUUUGAUUCAAUCCGAGCUCAAAUACUACUCCACGAUCCACUUCCCACAUUAAAUCGAGUUCUCUCAAUUGUUCAACAGGAGGAACGACGUCGGCAGCUUCACUCCCCCUCAACACCACUUGCUAUGGUUACUAGAGGACCAGACCAUCGCACCACAACGUCGUCUCGCAAGGAUCGACUAUUUUGUUCCUAUUGUAACAUUCCUGGACAUUCUUUGGAACGUUGUUUCAAAGCCAACCCCAAUCUCCCCGUGUGCUCCCACUGCCGCAUACCAGGGCAUAUCAAAGAGAAAUGUUACAAAUUCAAUGGCUUUCCUCCUGGCCAUAAAAAUAACUCUAAAUCUAAAUCCUAUGCUAAUCAGUCUACUCUUGAACAGGAGCAAAUCAACAAUGGACCGCUUAUCACUCAGGAGCAGUAUAGCCAACUACUUGCUUUGCUUCACCCUCAUCCAACUCCUAUCAUUGCCCCUGCAGCCAAUAUUGCUAGCACCUCUAAUCUUCCCAUGUCUGGUAACUCAUACUGCAACUCAGCUCACUCACAGCACACGGUCACAACCAUCGACACCCCUUGGAUCAUUGAUACAGGAGCCACAGAUCACAUGAUCUGUAGCUCCGCUCUUUUUUCUCACAAUAUUACUCCUAUUUCACACACUGUCAAACUUCCAAAUGGAUCCACAACACAAGCUACACAUAUUGGUGAUGUUCGGCUUAAUGCAUGUUUGAUUCUUAGAAAUGACCUUUCAUCUUGGACGACGAUUGGACUAGGGACGGUGACUAAUGGCUUAUACCACCUGCAGAUUUCAAGACCACACCUGACAGCUUUAUCUUCCUUUUUUAAUGCUUUUCCUUCUAGCUCUGUGAACAAUUCCAAUGCUUACAAAUUUGAUGAUUUUACUUUGUGGCACUACCGAUUUGGACAUAGUUCCAUGACCAAACAUAUUUUGAAAGAUAUUCUCAAAGACAGUUCUAAAGCUACGGCAUCUUCUCAAAAUCCUUGUGAUAUCUGUCCCAUUGCAAAACUACAUCGAUUGCCAUUUCCUACAUCUGAACUUACGGCUAACAAACCAUAUGAUUUAAUAUCAGUAGACAUCUAG